CAUGCUGACUGAUGUUCAAGUUAAAAUGAGCGUUUUGAGGGAUGAAGACGCUUGGCAACUAUUUAGUCGGUAUGCGAGGGAUGUGGUUACUUCAGAACAUAUCGCACCACUUGCAGAGGCAAUUUGUAGGGAGUGUAAGGGAUUGCCUUUGGCCAUCAUCACCAUGGGAGCUGCAAUGAGAGGAAAGACGAAUCCUGAGGUAUGGAAGCAUGCUUUGAAUCAAUUGCACAGAUCGGUGCCUUAUGCAGCAGGCGUGGAGGAGGCUCUCUAUAAGCCUUUGAAGUGGAGUUACGACUCAUUAGAAGGUAAAGACUUGAAAACUUGUUUUCUUUACUGCUCUUUGUUUCCAGAGGACUUCUCAAUUAAUAUAGAUGAACUAGUAUGGUACUGGCUGGCGGAAGGUUUGAUAGAUGAUCGAGAAAACUAUGAGGUUUUCUACAGUAGAGGAAUUAGUUUGAUUGAAAAUCUGAAGGACGCCUGUUUGUUGGAAGAUGGUUCCGAUAAGGGCACCGUGAAGAUGCAUGACGUUGUUCGUGAUGUUAGCAUAUGGAUUGCAUCAACCUGCAGCGAGGAUGGAAGUAAAUCCCUCGUUCGUACAGGGAAAGGGUUGAAAGAGAUUUCAGUUACUGAGCUAUCAAAUUCUCUCAAAAGAGUUUCUUUUAUGGAUAACGAUUUAGAAAAACUAUCGGAUGAUUCUGUGAUUCGAUGUUCAGAGGCAUCAACUUUUUUACUACAAAAUAAUCCUCGCCUUGAAUUAAUUCCUGAAAUAUUUUUGGAACGAUUUAAAGCACUGAGAGUCUUGAAUUUCAGUCAGACCAGCAUCAAGUCAUUGCCUGAUUCUCUUCUUCAACUGGAUGACCUUCGUGCUCUUCUUUUGAGUAAUUGCAAGGAUCUCGAAGGAUUGCCCCCACUGGAAAGGCUCAGUAGACUUCAAGUGCUUGAUCUCUCUAGGACUGGUAUCAGAGAAUUGCCAAAACGGUUAGAGCAACUCAACAACUUAAGGCAUCUAAACUUAGCCCAAACUUCCAAACUGGAAGUGGUUAAAGCUGGAGUCAUAUCCAAGUUGUCCAGAUUAGAAGUUCUGGACCUGUCAUACAGUGGCUACAUUUGGAAAGAGAAAGGAGCGGUACAAGAGGAGGAAGCAUGUUUUGAAGAGCUGCAAUGCCUGGAGCAGUUACAAGUUUUAUCCAUCAGAUUGAAAUGGAACCCGUGUUACACUCCCCAAGAUACAAUUACUUCCUGGUUAAAUGGAUUAAAAGCAUUUGAAAUUAGCUUCGAACGAUCGAGCAAUUUUGUUUCAGUGCGAGAUCUAUGUCUACUCUCGGAUGCGUUUCAAAAACGCGUGACUAUGGAAUGGAUUGAUCUCUCGGGAGGACAAAUCGUGUGGUUGUUCAGCAAUGCAAGUUAUCUACGCAUAAAAAGUGGAGGACUGAUUGAGAUGCUACAAGACUUGGUCAUUAACAGUGUUGGCAGAAGCUUUACAUAUUUAAAAAAGCUUGAGAUUUUUUACUCUGACAAUAGUUUUCAGACUGGAGGAUGUGCAUCACAGUAUGACCUACUACCCAAUUUGGAGGAACUUGUUCUAGUAAAACUGACAGGCGUUGAAAGCAUUUCAGAACUAGCCAACCUUCUCGGGCUGAGAUUCCAGAGACUGAAAACAAUAUGUGUGUUUGGCUGUCCGAAGAUGAAAUAUCUUCUCUCCCUGGGGAACUCCAUUCGCACAAUGCCAAACCUAGAAUUAAUCCUAGUAGUUGGUUGUGACAGUAUAGAAGAGCUCUUCAAUUAUCUUCCAUUGCAGAUCAAUAUGGCUCUAAAUCCUAUUACCCCAAAACUACAGAAAUUGGAAUUGGUCAGGCUUCCCAACUUAAGGAAUCUUUGUAGGGACGAAAAGACCUGGCCGGGUAAUAAAGUGAAGGUUGAGGUGAUCAACUGCAGUCUUUUGAGCACGAGGCAAUAAUAAGAUGGAAACUAGUUGGGGGAAACGAAUUGGAGACGCAUGCAUCCACAGGCGAAACUAAAUAAUAUUUUACGUGUUUUUGUUGGAGUGAGGUGUGCAAUAUAUUUAUGUAUAAUUUUCUGGAAGUUUAUAUAUAUUACGUGUGCAUGUCUAUAUAUAUAAAAGAUAAAUUUUAUGUAUUUUGAUAUAUUAAUUUUGUGAGUGACAUUUGAUGUAAUGACCAUCAGCUUUCUUACAUGUACAUAAAUAACUUUUGUUUUUAAA